UCUCCCCCCCCCUCUGAUCAUAGACACAGCGUUCUGCAGGGGUUUAAACACAUUCAGCCGGAUCCACACCCUAUGGAAGUUCCCCACAAAAUCAUGAGACGGUUGUUCUGUGAAUAGCACUUCCCCCACCUUUGCGGCUAGUGGAGUAACCAGGUGAGCAAACAGAUCUGGAACAUGAUCCAUAUGUCAAUCGUCUCCAGCUUGAUGGAUGAAGGUUUUGAGACCCCAUCAUAAGGCGCAAGAAGCACUGCAUCCCCUCGGAAAUUCCAAGGUCCCUCAUGCAUAACUCUCUCCCAAUCUCCUAAACAGGACAGUUGAACUGAGUACAGAUUAUCUUCCAAGGGCUUAAAUUUGGCCUCCUGUGCUAUAUUCCAUGCUGACCGCAUGUUUCUGUAGAACCACGUCUGACUGUAUGAUUUGGAGGUGUUUACCCUAGCCAGAGCAAUCCAUCUGGGUCCCUGUGGAGGCGCAUCUUUCUCAUCAAAGAUCACAUCAUCAAGAUCUUCUUCCUUCAGCCCAAGUUCUGCCAUCAUCCGCUCGACAUCGCUUGCGCCCGAGGAGCCCGAGGCCCCUUCAGCCGCCAUCAGAAGAACCUUACCCGAUGCAAAAGUGACCGGGUAUAUUGGGGAGACCCUAGAACCACCGUUCCCUGCCUAACCUCGCGCGAGAAGAGUGCGACGGAGGAAGACAGAGAGAGAUCGCUGAUAGGGAAGGAAAAGCGAUCUACUCGACGGCAUCGUAGUCGCCGCCGCGAGAAACAAAAACCCGAACUCGAGGGAACUGCACUUUUCCUUUAUCUAGAAAAAACUGGGCUUUUUUGGCCCAACUAGAGGCUCGAGGGUUUUUAUAGUGGUUAGCCUGGAGUUAAUUGCACAGAAGUACCACAAUUCAGGCAUCACAUGCAGAUUGGUACCACGAUUGCUAAUUUUUGCGUGUCAGUACCAACAUUGGUCCAAAUUUUUGCAAAUUGGACUAAAACGCGUAUUUAUACGUAUUGACGCCCGAUCCGACAGGUCGGGCCCACCCGUCAGGUGCCACGCUGGCCAAUCGGCGCAUGCCCGCGUGCUGACUAGGACGAGCCGGUGCGCUGCUGUCCUAACCGGUCCGGUCGCACCAGCUCCAGCCCGGCCGCACCAUUCCCCUCCCCCUCCUCCUCCUCGCUCGAACCCUAGUCCAUGGCGUCGGCGAUUCCGCCAGUCGGCGGUGAGGGCGUCCACGGCGGCGGCGAGGGCGUCCACGGCGGCGGCGAGAUGCCGUUCUGGCCUCCUAGCGGAACGGUUGGCGUCGACGGGGAUGGCGGCGACGAGUCCAGCUCCGCGUACUCGACCGACGACGAGGAGUCGAUGUUACUCACCAUGGAGCAGCGGUUGCGGUUGGCGCAUCAGUGGGUGGCGAACCCUAGCAGCAACCAUGAGUUGACGCAUGGACUUGGCGGCGUGCUUUUGGAUGAAGACAUUUGGCAAUUAAGGAUCCAUUUUGAUGCAAGAGAACCAUUGGAGAUGAAGCUGUGUGGUUCAGAUAUUACUUAUCUAAAUUUGGUUGCAGUGAUGGAAACCCAAGGAUUUAAUGCAUAUGAUUGUUUGUUUCACAUUGAAAAUCCAUCUUUAGGAGAGAAAGGGCUGGAUUUGGUAGACAGUCAUGCAGAAUUACAGAUGAUAAAGAGGAAGAUCCAGGACAAAUUGGUGCUUAAUUUGCUAGUCAGGGCUUGUCCACCCCCUGAUACUGAUUUUGAGAUGCAGCAUUUUGAAAAGCCAGACUUGUCCACUAUGGUGUACCAAGAGCCUGUUGUUUAUGAUCUGAGUGAGCCUCCUAUCUUAGCUGUUGAUCAGGAAGGAGUAGUCUUUGAGAGUCAAUGUAGCACACAUCACCCUGUUGCUCCUGCUGGUGUUUGCACACAAGAAAGCAGAAAUGCAACUAACAAGUUGAAAGCAGUUUUGGAAGAAGAAGAGGGAUACCAAGGAUUUGAGGCUUAUGAGGACAGUGAUUCCUCUGAUGAGGAUGGUCAAAUUGGAAGUGACCCUAAUUACAUGGUUGAUGAAGAAGAUGUAGAGGUGGAAGAGGGAAAGAGGCAGAGAGAGCUAGAAGUACAAGAGGAAGAAUCAGAUGAUGAUCAAUCAGAAGAGGAAGAAAUGCUGCAUUAUGAGGGUGACACUGAAGUUGAGGACCCAUUUGAGGUAGAGGAAGAUAGGACUUUUGAACAAGAAGAAGAAACUAUAGUUGAACCUGUAAAGAAGAAGCAGAAGCUGCCAGUUAGAAGAGGCCCAACCACUAGGUCACAUUGUAGUGAGCUACCAGAGGUUGAACCUGAUUUCAGACCAUCAUCAGAUGAAGAAGAGGAGGGGUUGUUGAGGGAGAGUGAUGAUGAUGGUUUUCAGCCACUCUCUUUUGUCCUACAAAAGAAAAGGAAGAGUAGGGCAAAGAAAAGGCCUCCUAGGAAGUGGUACAAUGAGAAAAUGGAGCAACCACAUGAGCAACUAUGUAUGAAGUUGUGUUUUAGGGAUCAGCAUCAAUUCAGAGAAGCUUUGUUGAAUUUGCACGUCACCCAGGCCAGGAAUUUCAGGUAUCACAGGAAUUCAGAUCAGAGGAUAAUUGUUGAGUGUACAGAUAAAAAAUGCCAGUUCUCAAUGGUGGCAGCAGUUAUAAAAGGGGAGAAAACAUUUGUAAUUAAGAAGAUGAGACUAGAGCACACUUGCCCUAGUACCACUGAGACCACCAGGGUUAGUGCUAAGUGGCUAGCACAGAAAUAUGAUCAUCUCUUUAGAUCUGAUAUAACUACUGGUAUUCAGACUAUAAUUGAUGCAUGCAAUGAAAAAUAUGGUGUAGAUGUGCCCAAGUGCAUGGCAUAUAGGGCAAAGAACAUAGCUAUUGAUGCUGUGUUAGGAGAUCACAGGAAGCAAUAUCCUAGGCUUAAAGACUAUGCUCAGACUGUCAUGGACACAAACCCUGGGAGUAGAGUAAUAGUCACUACUGUUACUCCAGUACCUAAUGCAAAAAUACCCCACCCAGGCCCAAGAUUCCAUGCCAUGUUUUUUUGCCUUAAUGGAGCAAGGGAGGGGUUUCUCAAUGGGUGUAGGCCUUUCAUUGGUUAGUUCUUGAACCUUGUGUGAACCAUUUACAUAUCUGCAGCUUAUCUGCAGCAUCACCCUUUGUGUUGUUGUGCACAUUACCCUCCAGCGGCAGCCCAGCCAACCUCUUCCUCGUGAGAUCAUCCAUAUUAGCAUCUUUGCCUUUGCCGUCCACUACCAUGUCAUCCUCUCUCCUUCCCGUCUCCUGAUGAGCUGGGAAGUUGUUCAUGUCGGCCUCGCGUCGAUUGCCUGAAGGCCCCCCUGUCCGGCCUCCCCUACGGCCACCUCUCCGACCUCGGCCCUCUCCAGGACCUUGGCUUGCGCGCAUGGCCCAGCUAGCUCAUAAAUGCUUGAAGACUAGAGCCGAAGGGGGAUGAAUCCCAGUACCGUGUUCCUUAUAAAGAUGACCCAACAUGCCACACAUGGCGCACCAAUCAGGCAGCUUCUCAUACUUUACCCUAUAGAUCUGUCUUCCCCCCCCCCUCUGAUCAUAGACACAGCGUUCUGCAGGGGUUUAAACACAUUCAGCCGGAUCCACACCCUAUGGAAGUUCCCCACAAAAUCAUGAGACGGUUGUUCUGUGAAUAGCACUUCCCCCACCUUUGCGGCUAGUGGAGUAACCAGGUGAGCAAACAGAUCUGGAACAUGAUCCAUAUGUCAAUCGUCUCCAGCUUGAUGGAUGAAGGUUUUGAGACCCCAUCAUAAGGCGCAAGAAGCACUGCAUCCCCUCGGAAAUUCCAAGGUCCCUCAUGCAUAACUCUCUCCCAAUCUCCUAAACAGGACAGUUGAACUGAGUACAGAUUAUCUUCCAAGGGCUUAAAUUUGGCCUCCUGUGCUAUAUUCCAUGCUGACCGCAUGUUUCUGUAGAACCACGUCUGACUGUAUGAUUUGGAGGUGUUUACCCUAGCCAGAGCAAUCCAUCUGGGUCCCUGUGGAGGCGCAUCUUUCUCAUCAAAGAUCACAUCAUCAAGAUCUUCUUCCUUCAGCCCAAGUUCUGCCAUCAUCCGCUCGACAUCGCUUGCGCCCGAGGAGCCCGAGGCCCCUUCAGCCGCCAUCAGAAGAACCUUACCCGAUGCAAAAGUGACCGGGUAUAUUGGGGAGACCCUAGAACCACCGUUCCCUGCCUAACCUCGCGCGAGAAGAGUGCGACGGAGGAAGACAGAGAGAGAUCGCUGAUAGGGAAGGAAAAGCGAUCUACUCGACGGCAUCGUAGUCGCC